UUUCCUUUUCUUCUUGCACCGUUAGAUUACGUUAAACACAGAGCAAGGAGAGACGGCAGCAGAUGGCGAAUGAAACCGAAGUCAGAAAUAGGAAUGGCACAUUCAAACGAGCAACCAUCAAUACUGCAAGAAGUAGGGUGCCGUGCUAGGACCGGGGAAUAGGUUACCCAGCCUUAACCUUAGGGUACUAGGGUGCGUCUCACUUUUUUGAAAAUUUAGCUUCUUAUGCUUUCGACCAUCAACCACCUCGCGUAUCCCUUCCCACGACCUCCCUCCUACCACCAUCAUCCCCUUCACGCCAUCUUCAUAACGUUCACGAAUGUUCGAUGUUUGCCAAAAACGGAAGGACGUACUACGGCGAUGUGAACGCGCAGCGCUCCCAAAGCACCAAAACUUUAAAAAGGAGAAAUUGGAAAUCGCAGUAUGCUGGAAAUUUAUAAGCGAAUCAUCUCUAGGAGGGGAAGGUAGCGCAAUGCAUCAAUAUUCGAUCCAUUUGCCAAAAUUGUGGCGCGGCGCAAAAACGUGCAGCGCUCUGAAGUCUUGACGAUGUUGCACACGCGAAAUAUGGAACCUUGAUGACGCUUUAAACCGGAACUACUACUAACCAAGGAAAAUGAGCGAGCGAGCCAGCCACCACUGUAGGGCGUCCACCAAAUGAGAUUUACGGGGGCCGGUUUGGGUUGUAAGAAACGGAUAAUUUCAUGACGCGCCUGGGAACAGCAACGGCAACACAGAGUAUUUUGUAUCGAUCAGCACACCCUUAAAAAUCUUCGCUGUUAAAGAGGAGGGAAACGAGAAAUGGAUCAAAAAAAUGUAUUUUCCUACUGCGCGUAUCUUGAGAGAAGGAACCAUCAUCAUGUGAGAGCAUCAUAGAACGAACCAUAGCCUACUACAACACUCGACUACCAUUACAACUACUCCCACUGCGAAGGAGCCAGAUCAUCACAAUGUAUAAGUUAUAGGAGGUAACGGGAUAAAAGGCAAGGUAUAUUCGAACCGAUCAAUCGUUCGAUUUCGUAACGCAAACGCACAUUGUAAGCGUCGUAUCACCCUUGGAGAGACAGAGACAGAGCCGAGUAUAGGCUAGUUGAAGGAGAUUGGUAGUACCUCAAACUAGUGCAAUGGCGGCGGCGUAUACAGUAGGGUAACGGAUCAGUUGCAUUUAGUAAGCAUAACACUAACUUUGCACCAGUUCUCCGCUUCGCUCUGCUCUACUCUCAGGCCACCUUUCUCCUUCUCUUCUGCCAUUCACACAUCAUCAUCGUCGCCACUGUUGUCAUUUUCACCAAAAACCCAUGGCCAACUUUCCUUAAUUUCUUUCCUCUUUUCCACUCUCUCUGACAAUCAUGCAGCCGCUUGUCCUUGCGUUGCCGUUUUGUAUCGAAGAAGGCUUUGCUCUAAAUAGCUUUCUUUUUUUUUUUCUCAAAAACACACAAAAUAUUUGCGCGUAACAAUGUCUCGGAAAAUGAAUGGUAAAUCUUUCAAAGACCCUGCGAUCGAAAUCCCUGUACCAUCGACGUCUGAACACCUCUUCCCUCGCUCCCACAGGCAUCGUAAAGGUUUAGAAAUUAUGCAAAAAAAAUAUGAACCAGAUUUUCAUCCACCAUCGACGACCACCAACAGAGAGAAAGAAGGAUAGAGCCAGAGAGAGAGAGAGAGAGAGAGAGCACGAGAGCGAGUGUGCGAUUGAGCUAGUGGGAGGGGGGGUUUAUGCUGAACCCAUUUUAAGUUAGUCAAUGCAGUGUAAGGUCCCAUCAGUCCCAUCAACGUAAAUCAGUUGCAAUAACAUAAGAAGAACGAAUGCACACGGCAUCAUCACCACCCCAGGGACAAAUGUGUAUCCACUAAAAAACGCUCCAUCAUCUUGGCUGGCCAUCGUAAAGUUGGCCAUUUUUGAACAAAGUGACAAAUGCACGGCAGCACAGAGGUACAGCAGAACAGAGCCCGCGAGGUCGGAAAGUGGACCAUAGGGCAAACACAAAGAGCUCUCCUUUAAGCCUCUCCAAUGGAAGUGAGCAGUAGGGAACGGGAAUCGUGAAAAAGAGAAAUAAAUGAAAGUAAUGGAAAAAUAAUUCAACUAGAUCGUCGCGUUUUCCUGUUUUCCUCUAUUCUAGGUAUCUAAAAUAACUUAGACACAACCUAAGCAUAACAACACGUCGGGCGGGCACGUGACAACGGCUGUCCUGGCCUAGAUGUACUU